CGGGGGGGCCGCAACUCGGGGAAGGGGGCCGCGCUGAGGCGUCGUUUGUGGCCUUGCAGGGGGGAGGCCGCGCCGGGGGACGCUGCCGCGGCCGUGGAGACCGAGACCGCGAGCGGGAAGGACCCCACGGAGGCCGCCCCGGACGGCCCCGAGGCGAUGGACGCGCAGGCGGGGUCGGUGGAUGAGGAGAACGGGCGGCAGCUGGGGGAGAUCGAGCUGCAGUGCGGGAUCUGCACCAAGUGGUUCACGGCGGACACCUUCGGCAUCGACACCACAUCUUGUUUGCCUUUCAUGACCAACUACAGUUUCCAUUGCAACGUUUGCCACCACAGUGGGAACACGUAUUUCUUAAGGAAACAAGCAAAUCUCAAGGAAAUGUGCCUUAGUGCUCUGGCCAACUUAACGUGGCAGUCAAGGACACAAGAUGAGCAUCCAAAAACCAUGUUCUCAAAAGAUAAGGAUAUUAUCCCAUUCAUUGAUAAAUACUGGGAGUGUAUGACAACAAGACAGAGACCAGGGAAAAUGACUUGGCCUAAUAAUAUUGUGAAAACCAUGUGUAAAGAAAGAGAUGUGUUCUUAGUGAAGGAGCAUCCAGACCCAGGGAGUAAGGAUCCAGAAGAAGACUACCCAAAGUUUGGACUUCUAGACCAAGAUCUUGCCAAUAUUGGUCCUGCAUAUGACAACCAGAAGCAGAACAAUGCUGUAUCCACAAGUGGGAAUUUAAAUGGAGGAAUUGCUGCAGGAGGCAGCGGGAAGGGCCGGGGAGCGAAGCGCAAGCAGCAGGACGGGUCAACCACAGGAACAGCCAAGAAAACCCGAAGUGACCCGUUGUUUUCUGCGCAGCGCUUGCCGCCCCACGGUUACCCCUUGGAGCACCCCUUCAAUAAGGACGGCUAUCGCUACAUCUUGGCUGAGCCCGACCCCCACGCACCUGACCCAGAAAAGCUGGAGCUGGACUGCUGGGCAGGAAAGCCCAUUCCUGGGGACCUCUACAGAGCCUGCUUGUAUGAACGAGUCCUCCUGGCGCUGCACGACCGAGCUCCUCAGCUGAAGAUCUCGGAUGACAGGCUGACAGUCGUGGGUGAGAAGGGCUAUUCCAUGGUACGAGCCUCGCAUGGAGUGAGGAAGGGAGCCUGGUACUUUGAAAUCUCCAUGGAUGAGAUGCCCCCAGACACAGCUGCCAGAUUAGGCUGGUCGCAGCCACUGGGGAACCUCCAGGCACCUCUGGGAUACGACAAAUUCAGUUACUCCUGGCGCAGCAAAAAGGGAACAAAGUUUCACCAGUCCAUAGGGAAGCAUUACUCGUCUGGCUACGGCCAGGGUGACGUACUGGGCUUUUACAUCAGUCUUCCAGAGGAUACUGAGACUGCCAAAUCGCUGCCUGACACUUACAAAGAUAAGGCUUUGAUCAAGUUUAAAAGCUACUUGUACUUUGAAGAGAAGGACUUUGUGGACAAAGCAGAGAAGAGCCUAAAGCAAGCACCAGGAAGCCAGAUAAUAUUCUUCAAGAACGGUGCCAGCCAAGGAGUUGCUUUUAAAGACAUUUUUGAAGGAGUUUAUUUUCCUGCUAUUUCUUUGUACAAAGGCUGCACGGUUUCUAUCAACUUCGGGCCGUAUUUCAAGUAUCCCCCCCGAGACAUCGCUUACCGCCCCAUGAGUGACAUGGGCUGGGGUGCUGUUGUGGAGCACACGCUGGCAGACGUCCUGUAUCACGUAGAGACAGAAGUGGAUGGAAGACGAAGCCCUCCCUGGGAGCCUUAAAAGAAGCAGGAGCAGCACAACAAAGCAACGAGGCAGUGAAUCUCAAAUCAGGUGGAUUUUAUUCUCGAGGAACGUGCAUCACUCAGAACAAUCGGUCAGCGAACAAACACGACGAAGCCAACGCAGCUCUGGGCAGCAGGUGCAGUGUGUGUGCGUUACCUGCUGAAGAUUCCUGCACUACCACUAUGCUGAGUUCCAAGUCAGUGCAGUUCUAGUGUGUAUCGUGCUAUUUGUGAGCAUCUCUUGGAGUCUUCAGUAACUAUUGUGUUGAGAUAACUUCUCAUCUGCCAUCCUGGGGUCAAAACAGUCAUUGUUCUGCGAGAGCAGGCAUGUGGUUGGAGCUGCCUGCUGCAUCUGUACCUGCAGAAGCAUCACUGACACUUCUGCUCAGCUGUGCUUGGCUAACUGCAAUCAGUUUCCAUCCAGAAGGAUUGUGUUGUAACAAGACUACUGCAUGUAAGACUGAAAUUUGGGCUUCUGCCCAAACUGUAUUAUUAUUAUUAUUUUUUUUUUUUACGUAAACUGGCAGCCAGUUUAAAAAUAAAUUCUUCUUUUAAACUCUUA